AUGUGGCAAACCACUCUUGUCCGCAUUCCAUCUUCUAAAUCUUCUAGCUGCUUUUGCAUGGCUAGUCCGAUUGGCCAGUUGCUCGUUAACCUUCCUUGGAGGUUACCCAACGGGAAAGCUAUCCGAUUCGACUUCAGCCGUUGGCACAUGAAAGAGCGACGCGGUUUCAAAUUGCUCCGUCAACGUGAGAAGGAUCAAGGCCAGCCAACGGGCGGCAACUGUCGCAAGUCGAAGCGCGUUUGCGGCGAAUACACUCGCAAGACCAUGUACGUCUUCUCUGAAGAUGUUUGCCUCAGACGCAGCGACGUCGGUGAACUUGGAAACGAUGGCAGGACCGUCAUCUGUCAUGGCCGGUCUGGGGUGUCGGAUACACCGGUCGAGUUUGCGGCCAAGACGAACACUCGGUUCGUGUCCAAGUCUCCUGCGCGGAUCUCAUCAUCGUGCAACGCAUCACCUUUGCCGCAUGGAAUCGAUACGGGACAGAGACUUGAUCUCCUGGCGUCCAGCUGUAUCACCAGUGCACCACCAUCCGUCAACUGGCAACAGCUUCACUUCAUUUUUCUCUCCAGCUACAUGCCCAGCCAUGGCAUGGGAACUGCUACUACUGCCCAAUACGGUAGCCACGUAGACUGA